CGCUGCACACGAGAAGCUUUUUUUACUUGUAUAGCUUCAUUUCAGCCUUUCCGAUUUUUAAAAGCAGGAAGGCUUUUCCAGUGGUGAUUUGCUUCUCUGGUAGUUGUGUGACAGCAGGUUAUUUUUGAGGAGACAGUAGAAGCCAGAGCUGCUGGCACCUUCCUGGAUGUUCCUCUGUAAGAUUGUCUACAGCUCAAGUGGUGACUUCCUUCUGUAGCUCGCGCUCAGCCCUGCUUCAAGAAAGACCGUGCUGUGGGGCUGAAGGCAUGCCUGAACCAUGAACUUCAAGGUGGCCUGGGUUUUGCUAUGGAAAAAAGGGAGCCAGAGAUCUGCAGAACCUUCUGCUCUGGAAAUCUGUCACUAUUCUUUUAGAGCUGCACACCAUUAUUGUGGUGAGCAGUGACAUGGGAGAAGAAUGACAACAGUAAUUUGGAAGCUGAGAGAAGCUACUGCAUGCAGGCAUUGCCAAGGUAUGUUGCUAUGAGGAAAGGAGUCAGCAAUGACUGAUGUAGAGCCUGUGGUCACAGAUUUUGCAGCAUCAGGACGGGCAGGCCGCCGGAAUGCCUUACCAGAUAUUCUGGGCUCUCCUGCUGGUGCUGGGACUUCAGACCUGCCACACAAACUGGCUGAGCUCUCCGUUUCAGAAGAUGAAGGAGCAGAGGGUGGAGAAGUGCCACCAUCCAAAGCCUUCCUGGAAAGUCAAGAGGCGGAAGGAAAAAACAAUGAUUCCUAACACCUGAGGACUGCUGGAUUAAUGAAACCCAUCGACAGACUUUCCAGUUUCCCUGUGUCACCUCUCUGAAGUGCAGUAGCAACUUUAGCAGCACAGACAAGAUUUUGCAACGCACUUGUACCUAGAUAACAUUAAUGUGGAACUACUAUUUUUUCUACUGUUGUCCUUCAAAACCAAUGUUCUGUACAUUCAAAUGGGAAGAGAACUAAAGAAUAUGUCUCUUGUUUUGGGUUUCCUCAUGGCUGUAGUAUUCAUCCUAACUAAUCUUCUUUGACAGUUUUAAGUAAUACAGCUAGCAGAUGUUCCACCAACUAAUGAUUACUUCAGAAUAAAAAUCCUGUUUCUUCAUUUCCCAAAACACCUUCUUUCUCUCUGACACAAAGGUGUAUUCGCUUUCCCCACCUUAAGGCAGUAUUAAGUUUAUAUUAGAUUACAGACAUUAUCUGUAAUUUAUCUCCUGAGAUUUUUGUUCUCAUUAGGCAUACGUAGGUGGGUGUGAGAAAUGAAAACAACUUUUUUUUUCUCCUCCUCCUGUCUCCAAAAGCUUUUUUUAAACUACUUAAAAAGUAGUGUUUGUUUUCAAACUCUCUUUUGACUCUGAUUAUGGAAGAUCAUCAGUUCUCCCACACUUAGCAGUCUUGCCACUUCUGUCAUUUCUGUUUUCAGGCUGAACAUUGUAGCUGUUCAUGUGUAGCUAAAAUAAAGUAGCCGUGUUUGUAAGUGAUUAAAAUUGUUUAAUCUUACUGUAGAAAUUAAAUAACUAUCAUCUUUUCUGUCUUCUAUUGAUUCCUUGAUGUUUCCUCUAUAUGACAAGACUUAAAAUCUCAUAAUACAUAUUCCUUUUAUUUCA